AUGGAAAUUAAUCAUUUGAUAAGCAAUAUGUAUGAAUAAGAAAUCGAUACUGAAGAAGAUUAUCAUAAUCAACAGUAAUGGGAUAGAAAUAUGCAUCUUUCUUUGUUUGGAUUGCAUAGCCCUUUAUUUUCAGUGAUUGAAAAUUGUUCAAAUUAUGGAAGCUAGUUUGAUCAUAACUUUUCUUAAUAUGAUAAUUCUGGCACUAAAGAUUCUGAGAUUGGUAUUUGCAAAUCUAACAAAAAAAUUCGUAAAAGAAAAUAAAAAAAAAGUGGUCUUCUUAGCAAAAGUGAAUUUAUUAAAAGUUUUCAAAAAUUAGAAUAAUGUCAAUCCAUGUAAUACUUUUUGGAUUAAUUAUCUCACUCUGUCAAAACAAUAAAAGAACAUUUAUAAAAUAAAUUUGUAAAGGUUUACAAUAAAUGA